AUGGGGAACUCAGGAAGGAAAACCUGGUAUUCUCCGGUCCAAACCUGAACCAGUUUUCCCCGUAGCCCCUCCCUUCCCCAAAUAAAUAAAGCCCCUUCCAGACUGCCUCCUCAGCAGCUCUAAACAGCCUACUCAGGAAAACUGUUCCUGCUCCUGCUCUGCCAUGAAAGUCUUCACUCUCCUGCUGCUAGCCAGCCUGGCGUCCACCUCUCUGGCCAUCCUUCCUGUUACCCAGGUCAUCCCUUCCAAGCAUCCCAGGAAGGACCAUGUCUCCAAUGAGGACCUGUCUAAGGAGCCUUUCACCUUCAGCCAAAAGAUGAUUGCUGAAGAGAAUAUGGAGAUAAAGCCCCCCAAGCCAAAGAGUCAAUACCCCAUGCAGCCCAGCCCCAUCCCCCAAGGAAAGAAUCUCAGAGAUGCCAUGCUUCAGUCAGAAGAGACCACUGAACUCACUCCCAGGGCUGCAACCACCUCUGAGGAAAAAAAGGCCAAGCUCAGUCAUAAAAUCAAGAAGAAUCUGGACAAAAUUGUGAAACCCACAACAAUUCAUGGACAAAUAAUAGAAGAGCUCAAUCCCUGAUGCCCUAAUGACAAGAGUUCCUAAAUCCCAUGCUGGGCCCUACGAGGUGCCUACCUAACUCUGUUCAUGCCAACCACCAUCUGUCAGAUUUGUGCUUUAAAGAGUUGCAAUCCAAA